GGAAACGUCCGAAGGAGAAACGCGACACGCGUGUAUCCGCGGGGUACAGCACGCGUGAGGUCGCAUGUGGUCGUCUAGGGUUAGAGGUUAGGGGGUUAAUCCCGCACCGCGAGGACCGCAGAGGUCUCGCCUUGUAGCUGCGGUCACACUGCGCAUGUGCAGAGGACGCGUCCCAUCCCUGGAGCAACAAACCUUACCUGCGCAGGUGUACGGAGCCGUCAGUCGGUGUGUUGGGACUCUUCUCCUCGAGACAGUGACCAGUGAAUCCGUACCAGCACAAUGACUGAGAGGAAGGUGGAAAGGACGGUUCUCAGUGUGGAACAGGCGGAGGGAGUCGGCGCUCGUGUCCGCAGGAGUAUCGGUAGAAAGGAGCUGAGAAACCUUGACCCUUUCCUGAUGUUGGAUGAGUUCAGAGUGAGGAAGCCGGCGGGUUUUCCGGAUCAUCCUCACAGAGGAUUUGAAACAGUGACCUAUGUUUUAGAGGGGGUCACGGCCCAUGAAGACUUCUGUGGACAUUCAGGACGACUGGAAGCUGGAGAUCUGCAAUGGAUGACUGCGGGACAAGGGGUGGUCCAUGCGGAGAUGCCCGUGUCAGAGGAGCCGGUGGUGGGCUUACAGCUGUGGGUGAACCUGCCCAGUCGAGACAAGAUGGUGGAACCGGCGUACCAGGAGCUUAAAGGCUCAGAGGUCCCCAAAGCCAGCCAGGGAGGAGUUACCGUCUCUGUAAUAUCUGGAGAAGCUUUGGGAGCAAAGUCGAAGGUCUACACCAGGACACCGACCUUCUACCUGGACUUCAGACUGCAGACAGGUGCCACGCAUGUGCAGCCAGUGCCCUCCGGGUGGACUACGUUCAUCUACACGCUGUCAGGGACCAUCCAUGCCGGCCCAGAUGAAGAGCAGCAGAAGGUGGAGCCUCAUCACACUGUGGUGUUUGGGGACGGAGACUGCGUCAAAGUAGAAAACAAGGGGGCGGAAGUUUCCCGUUUUGUGCUGAUCGCUGGAGAACCAAUCAAAGAGCCUGUGGUACAGCGAGGUCCAUUUGUAAUGACGACCGAGGAGGAGAUCCGACAGGCCGUCAGCGACUUCCAGACUGCGAGAAAUGGUUUCGAAAGGGCCAAAAACUGGAGGUCCAGGAUCAGAGACUCUUUCUGAACACAAUGUAUUCUCGCCCUGGUGGAAGUGUUGUCCUUACUUGUUUGCUGCUGUAGAAGCAUAUUUAAAGUGAUAUUUGUUUCGCCUGUACUUUACCUUGUCAUAUGUUCAAGAACUUUCUGCUUUAUAUGCAGUAGAGAAAACUCACCUUGUUACAUCUAAACUGUAUAAUAUUUACCUUCUGCUGUUUGAAUCAACACAUUAGAGCAGCUAUUAUAAAAUUCUUGCACACGUUGUUAUGAGGAAAAUAUAUUCUACUAUUAAAGGGUCGGUGGAUUAAACAGGAUUCAUCGGAUUUGGAAUUGGAAUACAAUAUUUUCCUGUGAUUAUAUAGAAAACCUGCUUGAUUGAUAA